AGUUUUAAGCAGUUGGUACAUUCUGCAUAAACUUGUUUGGAUAAAUUAGAUCGUUAAAAAUUUAAAAUAUGGCGAUUGUUAUGAAAAACAGUAAAUAAGCCAACAGAAGUUCAAAACUUCGCAGCUGAAGAGAGCGGGGGGGAUGGAGCCGGUCCAUCUGCAGCGUGUCCGGUUGCUGUACAAGACCAUCUUGAGGCUGCACAGAGGUCUGCCGGAGGAGCUACGCAAGAUCGGUGACGGCUACGCAAGGGACGAGUUCAAGAGGCACAAGCAGUGCAACACUGCCGAGACAGCAGUUUUCAUGUCCGAGUGGACGAGAUACGUCAUCCUGCUGGCACAGCAGCUCGGCGUGAGGGGUCCCGCGACGGGCGCCAGGCUCGGCCAGAACCUGGAAGAUGCUCUGCUGGACGACAUGAGAGAUGACCAGGUACAGCAGCUUUACGACUUGCUGGUUGCAGCCACCGGGGGUCAGAAAGUCCCUUCCGAUCCAUGAUGGAACUGUAAUUCAUAUCGAGUUUUAAAUAUAUAAGUUGGCUUUAAACCAACAAUUUUUUUUUGCCCAGUGAAAAUUUUGCUCUGUAAUUUUUUUUUUUUUUCAACUUUAAAUAUUUUGGUAACUGCAAUCUGGAAGUGUUUGAUAGGUUUAAUUUCCAGUCAUUGAUUUCAUAACCUCGUACUGAGUGAUCCGUGCUCACCAGCAUACCAAACAGGAAAGGUUUUUAUUUAUUAAAUUGGUCUCGUUAUAUUACCAUCCACAAAAAUAUUACAUACAGUAGAACUUAGAUUAUCUGUGGCCCGAUUACAUAUUUUUUUUGGGGGGAAAAAACCAAGCCCAUGAAAUGUAAUUCAUUAGGGACAAGAAAGGAGUAAGACUAAAAACUACUUAUUAAAAGUAGAAACAGGCAAAAAAUGGAUUAUAAAUAAUUGCCCAUUAGAAGAAAGACUAGUAUUGUAUAACCUAAAUACAUUUGAAUUCAAUUAUCUAUGAUUUUCGCUUAUCUGUGCUGACCUUCUCCCCCAUUACAACAGCUAAUCAAGGUUCUAAUGUAUUAAUUUGUUGUGUAAUUUAAACAAAAUUAGGAUUCUACAACUACCACCUACAGUGGUAUCUCGCUAAAAGCUGAAAAUAUGUUUUGAAUGAUAAAACUCGGCUGCAGGUAACAGAUGGCUAAAGCCAUAAUUAUUUCACAGAUUCUUUUUUCUCUAGAUUAGGCUCUAUUGUUCUUAUAUGAUAUCCCAGAACUCAAUAUUCCUGACCUGCUGGAGCUAUGCUUCACCCAUCUCUGCCCUAUGAAAAGAGAGCUGGGCAGUGGGUGUCUCUGGACAUGAUGGUGUGUCUAAGUGUGCUGGCCCGAAGUGGAUCUGGGUCUCCACAGUUCCCCUCGAUGGGUUCUUGCUUAGCGCACCGAGGAAUGUACAUAUGUUGUUCGAUGAAUCGCGGCUCCCCGAGAAACAAGUUCCGGAGGGUUUUAGUUGCGGUCUUCUGCCCUGGCCACGGGUUUGGAACCGCGAAGGUUCCGGCAUCCUUCUUGACGAGGCAGGUCUUGAAGUGCUGAGGAAUAGAAACCUCGUAGGCCAGUGGCGAUAUCUGUGAUUACAAAUUUUUGCUAAACAAUCAUGAAAAACCAUACUAUUGAUGACAAUUCUAAAUAAAAUAAAAUGUGUUACACUUAUAGGAGGAUAAAAAUUAUUUGCACAACUUGUGCAGCAAAAAUUUUUAAUGAAUAACUUUUGACUAUUAAUACUGCAAAAAAAAAAAAAAAACCCCUUGGUAAUGUUAGUUAUUUGAAAAGCUAGCUCAUUUAAGAAAUUAUUAUGCUAAGUUAGCAUUUUAUUUUUAAAAGUGUGAGUAGUCAGUUACUUGAUUAAAAACUUUUGUUGCAUAAGUUGUGCAAAGAAUGUUUUCUUCAGAAAAGUAUAGCAUUUUUUAUUUUAUUUUGAAUUGUUAUCAAUAGUAGUGUUAUUCAUGAUUGUGUAACAAAAAUUAGUGGUUACAGUAUCUCAAAAUUUGGUGCAAAAGGUGUUUUUUUUUUUUAAAAAACCCACAACAUUUCUUUUUUUAAUUUUGGUAUUUUGUUUUAGAACAGUAAUUAAUUGGUCUAUCGACUGUUCUCGGCUUGAAGUUGAGUUCUCGGGAAAUCUGAAUAAUUAAGCCAUCUAUAGGUGCUCGUUGGGUGAUACCAAGGACAUAGGCUUUUCAUAUUGUGGACUGUGUCAUAUUUGAUUUUGUCAACACUUCUUCUUGUGUAUUGCUGGCUCAGGGCAGGGGUGGAUCCAGGGAGGAGGGGGGGGCUGUGGUUCCAAUUCAGACCAUCGAGCCAGGGACAAUGUCAAGAGUGAAUGUGUAAGCAAAUCGUGACAUUUCUAUACAAAUUGAUAAUGCAUUUGAUAGGUUUGCACCAAGUGGAAAUUGCAGACAUAAAAUUUAAUCGUAAUUUGUGACACUAAUUAAAAUGAAUUUUCAAAUGUGAAUAAUUUUUCAGAGCUGUUAACAAAGUGUCUACUUCACAUUUUAAAAUAAACUGUGUAAUUUAAUAUACGAGUUGGAAAUGUCACUAUACGUACUAGUUAAUACUUGCAGGAACUAUAGUGUCAGUAACUGUGGUUAUGUAGAUAUUCAGCUAUGUUGUUUUUGUUGGUUUUAAGUGAACUUUGUUUCUGUCAAUGUAGUAGUGUAAAUGUCUAUACCUUUUUAAUUUUUUAUAUCAUGUGAACUGCUAAAUAUAAAAAAAGCUGUAACUACACUUUCAUAGCAAUUGUAAAUAAGACAUUGAUAUUACACUUAGUCUCAAUCAGUAUAUUUUUACUUAUAUGAAAAACACGGUAGUUACAUUUUUAUGAGUGCUGUUCCAAAUUAGUAAUAUUCUUUAUUUGUGGAGAAGAAAGUAUGUAUCAACCAAGUCUGAAUUUUAUCAGUGUUUAAACCAUUUGUAAAUAAAUGUUGUUAAACAUCAAAACAUAACAUCUCACUGCUUUACAAACACAAAUUUUCUAUGCCUGUAAGUAAAUAAAAAACUUAUUAAGAGAUGAAAUAUUUAAUGUACAUUGUA